AUGCGCCUAGCGUGGUAUGCUGGGGCCUCUACGGCUUUAGCGGCCGGCGUGAUCGUCUCGGCCUUUCACCAGCGGGCCAACUUCUACUCGGCCACAGUCCAUCUGUUCCAGAGCAACCUGAGUCUCAUGGUACUCGUGAACCUCACCAUCCUUCUGUACUCGUCCCUCGUAUACGGGCUGCAACGAAUAUGCUACGGUCGGCUCCGCGCGGUCGAGGUCGAGCAGCUGUACGACAAGGCAUGGUUUGCCGUGACGGAGACGUGCCUGGCCAUGACCAUCUUCCGCGACGAGAUUGGUGGGUCGUUUAUCGUGCUCUUCGUGGCCCUGCUCACCGGCAAGGUCUGGGGUUGGAUUGGCGAGGGUCGCGUGGAGGCGCUCGAGCAACAGCCACCGGCGAAUCCGCGGCUCUUCCACAUGCGGCUCAGCGUGUCCCUCCUGCUCAGCCUAGGCUACGACCUGCUGCUGCUGCGCUUUGCGGUGCGCACAGUGAUCCAGGCAGCACGAGCCGACAUGAUGGUCAUGUUCCUGUUCGAGUUUGCCGUCCUCUUUAUCGCGUCGCUGCACAUGGCCUCGCGCUACAUGAUUGUGCUGAUGGACAUCAACAUCAUCCGGAAGCAGACGCGGGACCGGUUGCAGGCCCGUCGCCAGCAGGUGCGCGAGGAGCGGGAGGAGGUGCUGCGGCGCCGCGAGGCCGGCGAGGCCGGCGAGCCGGACGACGGGCUGCCGCUACCAGACGAAGACGACAUUGACGAGAUGGACAUUGAGGUGCCCGGCUGGGAGGCCAAGGGCCAGUAUGUCCUUGGACUGGACCUCUGGACAGACUUUGUCAAGCUGUGCCUCUACGCCACGUUUUUCUUUGUGCUGCUGACAUUCUACGGACUGCCGCUGCACAUCAUUCGCGACCUCUUCAUGACGGUGCGGUCGUUCAUCAAGCGCCUGGGUGCACUCAUGAAGUACCGGCAGGCGAUGCGGGAGAUGAACAGACACCCCGACGCGACGGAAGAGGAGCUGUCACGAGAGAACACGUGCAUCAUCUGUCGGGAAGAUAUGCAUGUAUGGGAUGCCAACGACACGACGGCGGUCGAGCGGACGCGGCCGAAGAAGCUGCCCUGUGGCCAUAUUCUGCAUCUGGGCUGUCUCAAGAGCUGGAUGGAGCGGCAGCAGGUGUGUCCGACCUGUCGACGGCCAGUGACGGUCCACGAAGAGACGCAGAACCGGAAUGGAGAUGCGGUCCUCUUCCGGCUGGGGCUGAACGUGCGUGGCGAUCAGGGAGGCGACGGAGGCGCGGCUGAUGGUGUGAACGCGGCGGCACAGAACCAGGGAGCUGCCGGAGUUGCUGGGGUUGUUGGGGCUGCGGGCAGACUCCCUGCUCCAAACGGACAAGCGGGCGCCCACGUGAAUGGCCAGCUGGCCGACGGUCAACGUGGCGCGGCUGCUGUCAGGAUGUUCAACUUUGGGCCCUUGAGGCUGGGCAUCGCCCAGGGAGGGAUCCAGGACAUACAGCAGAUGGCUCAGCGUCUGGGCAUCCCGGCGGCUGUGGCUGGAGCCGGAGCCGGAGAAGGGGCAGGAGCGGGUGUUGGUGCUGGUGCUGCACCCCUUCCAGAAGCUCCGUUGCCAGGUGUACUGCCAAAUGUACUGCCAGGCGGACUUCCUGGCGGACAUCCAUUCCACGGAAUGGCAGACCCGCUGUCGCCAGAAGCGAUCCUGGCCGACAUUCAGGCGAUCGAGCAGCGCGUCGAUAUGGUUCUGCGGCUGAUGCAAAAUGCAUCUCUAGAAGCCCAGAACAUGCGACACGUGAUGACAGAAUACAUUCGUCUCCGACAAGGCCAAGAACCCACCGGUCCAACCACAGCUGCUGCUCCCGCGACUGCAACGACGCCUGUCCGACUGGCAACAGACGCGACGGCACCCCCGAUCCACGCAGGCAGCCCAGAGCUGCCAGCAGGCGUGCAGAUCCCAACAGGCUGGUCGCUGAUCCCGCUGCAGCGUGCGAGCGAGAUGUCAACAGCAGCCGCAGAGACAGCAGUGCCUGCAGUCCCAACCGAACAGCAGGCUAGCGGGUCCUCUAAUGGGGCCGAGACGGCAAACACAGAUUCGUUGAGCGCAGGGCCUAGCUCACAGGGAAGCCAGACAACGUCUGCAGCCUGGAGGGAAUCUGCACCGCUGCGGAGUCGAGUCAGCAGCGCCAGCAGUAAUGCUAGCGAGAGCGGCAGCAGUAGCUCGGGCUCGGACGGCCAGGUGGCAGCAGCUGGCGCCGACAUGAGCAGCUGA